CUCUCAUCGCUGGUACGUACUGUAAAGCAUCACGUGACCACACCGGCGCAAUCUGCACCGCGGACCUUUACCUCAGCGAAAUAGGCUACGGUAUUCCAGACAGCUCAACAUACAUAAUCAUCAAAACUACGGUGUACAAGAGCGACAAAAGACGCCUUUAGUCUUCCAUACCGCACUCCACGCAACACCUUUCCCUCAGACCAUUCCAUCUUGUAGGUACAGGUCGUCGGGUUCGCACACCCUACAGGCGCACCUCCAACCUGGAGGGAGCGCCUCCACGAACAUCUCUCGUCAUGGUUUAUGAUUGGGAUGGAAAGCGGGACAUCUGCUAUCAGAUGUAUAUCAAAGACAAAAAGGCUUUGGAGGAAAUCAUGGAGUAUAUGAAGGAUGUAUAUCAAUUUGCACCCAGUAAACGUGCAUUUCAAACGCAAUUUAAGCGGUGGGGCUUUCCUUCAAAGCAAAAUCCAGCACACAAGAACCUAGAACUCGUUGCACGCGUCAAGCAGCUUUGGGAGCGGAAUACUAGCCAGCGAGACAUGCUUCGAAUAUUGAAUGAAGAAGGUUUCGAGAUCAAAGAGAGAGAGCUCAUGCGGGUACGUGCUAAAAAUCGCUGGUUACUCCGCGUUCCCAAUGGGAUGAAAUCACAGUCAAAUAUGCAAGCAUCCACACAGCCGUCAGAGGAUGAAGGCUUGCUUGCGUUACAGCAAGAAGUUUACAAGAAUGAGAGCUCAUUCAAUGACACCGAGACCCUCCUUACUGACACAGCAAGCCCACGUCCCCCAUCGCCUGGUUUAUCGCCAGAAGUUCUAGCCAAACGCAAGGAACGACUAGAACGAUUGAAAGCAGAAAGUGCAGAACGCUGGGCUACUAGAAAGCGCCGGCGCCGUACUCGAGGAUGGGCGGGGCUGCCAGCCGAUCCCCCGGGACCUCCACGCUUUCCCUCUGAAACGACUAUUGAUGAGAGUAAAAAGCACUUGAACCUGGAUAACGUCAUGUAUCGCCAGAUCAGGGAUCAGUUCCAGAGAAUCUGCGAGGAUGCAGGGUUCAUCAAGAAAACAGUUGCCGGACCCGAAAAAUGGCAGGAAGCGAAAAACAAAUUGAUACAAGAAUCGCAACAUCUUCAACAUAUAUUUUGGGAGGAUCCUAAUCAACUUGAUGCAAAGGCCCUUGCUCUUGAUGUUGUCUGCACAGAUGUCACAAAGAGGAUGCGAACCUUGGAAAGGCGAAUGACCAUUGCGGAAGCUAAAAACGCCCUUGGCAUCAAUCCAGAGGAAAGUCGCCAAAUACGGAAUGCAUUUUACAAUACACUGAAAGCGGAUCAUUUUACAAGCAAGCUAGAGGCUGGUGAUGAGCACUGGACGAACUUGAAGGAGCGAUGGAUCCAAAACUCUGAGCUGCUCCAACAAAUCUUGGCUCCUGGACCAACGGAUACAGAACACACUACCAAAUUAAAAGCUCUGGAGGUUCUUUGUCGUGAUGUCAUGAAGCGACUUCGUGAUGAUCAAACUAAGAGGGACCCAGCCCCGAAACACUCUAAUCAGGAACAUGCUCACAGUCCUGAUUUGGGAAGCUCUCAUAUUGGCAGCGCCUUUAGUGGCAGUAUAACUAACGGAAUCAGCACACUUGCUUCACAGGCCCUUGCAAGUGCUCCAGUGUCUUCUAGUGAUUUAGGUGACUUGCAGAUAGACCCCUCACUCCUGCAGGCAGCUAAUGACCCCUCGUUUGCCACAGCCAACCAUCAGGACUCAGGGCAUACCUUUGGAUACGUGGACCCCUUAUUAGAGCCUUCUGCUAUGCAAACUCCUGUGUAUCUUCGCAUUCAUGCUCAAAGUUCAUUGCAUGGGGAUUCCAAAACCUGGAUUGAAAAGCUGACAACGCGAUCCGUUACUGAACUACGCCAACUAGUCAACACCAGGUAUCCAGAUGCCUUCAUUACGAGGAUUGAGGGCACAGACAAAGAUGAGAGCGGGCAUGAAAUAUCUUUCCUUAUAGAUGAGGACCACGAAUUUGACGCUUACUUGACUCACAUGCAAGGGAGAAAGGCUUCGUUUCUAUUUAGCCUGGAACAAGUCUAAGAAGCCUCUGUGUCAUAUCUUGAGUACUUGUAGCAUAUUGUUCUGAGUGUUUAACUUGGUCUUCAGGAAAGCCAAGGUGGAACCUCUGCGGUUUUUAUACGUUAAUCUCCAGUCAACGGCAGCAGCCGCUUCGGUGGGGUCUUAUUAAUAGGAAUAAGCAUUAUGUAUUACAAGAUAAUAUUGACAGUGUCAACAGUGCUAAGAUAGGUAAGAUAGG